CUUCUCUCUGCAGGGGGAUUCUGCCGAUGAACACCCGGAGCGUCCUGAACCACAGCCAGCAGGUCGGGGGUCCCACGGCGCAGUCGGGGGGGAUGGGGGGUGUGGGAGUGGAGAGGGGGGGCGGCGGCAGGAGCAGCAGCAUGGGCAGUCCCAGCCGGUCGUCACCCAGCAUCAUCGGGAUGCCCAAACAGCAGCAAGCACGGCAGCCCUUCACCAUAAACAGUAUGUCGGGGUUUGGUGUGAACAGGAAUCCAGGGUACAACAUGAACAGCUCCCUAUCCAACAACAUCUUCAACGGCACAGACGGCAGUGAGAAUGUGACGGGGUUGGAUCUGUCGGACUUCCCUGCGUUAGCGGAUCGGAGUCGGAGGGACGGAGGCUCGAAUCCCACACCGCUCCUCAACCCGCUGGCCGGUCGGGCUCCGUACGUCGUUGCGUCGCUAACCACGCUAUCCUCCAU